ACGGGGCGGGGUAACAGGGCAGCAGGGCACGGGGCGGUAGCAAGCACGACGACGGCGAGGCUAGGAGUUGACGGCGGGAAGGCAAUAGCAACGGCGAUGGCAAGGUGGAUGAGGGCGAAAUGGACAACAGCGAGGCAGAAGACGUCGACGGCAAGAUGGGGAGGAGUUGGGCAACGGCAACGGCGAGGAGCACGACGAAGAAGGAACCGAUACAGGAAGUGGAGAGGUUUUAUCAGCUAUAACGAGGAUGCCGAGGAGGAGGUGGCCGCGGUGGCAAGGGCUCUCAUGCGGACAGAAGAGAUGAAGAAAGAGGGUUGCUAUGCAAGAAGGGUGGGAUUGGCUAUAUGGCGGUCUUUGGUUGGAACAACGGUUUCUCAGAUAAUUAGUUUUCUGAUUGUUCUCUUCUAGCCCAUGCUUCGUUACCAAACAACCCCUAAUUGCAAUAUCAUGUUCAUGGUUCGCAUAUGGAGGAUCUGUCGAAGACAUGUUUGAGAUUCCUCAUGGCUUCAUAAUGAUCAACUCGUAAUGAUUAUGGUAAAUGUGCGUAACGACACUUUGGCCAUCAUAAUUUCAUGCUUACUCCUAUUAAGCUUGCAGGUAUGUAAAUGUCAUUCAAUCGUGCAUGCCUGAUUCAAAUGGUAUUCCAGUUUCUCCCUUUAGAAUAAAGGAUUUUGAGGUAC